CCAGUUCUCAGUCCUACGCAAGAAAAUGAGAAAAAAAACUCCAUUACUCUCUUCUUCCACUCUCGUUCUGUCUAACAAUGGCGUCUUCUCGUUCUCUGCACCGAAAAACGACCGAAAUCACCAGAACUCUCCGCUUCUUCUCGACCAGCAGCGCCCCAAAGCCGUCGCCCCGCAACAACCACAGCGAGAAUCACCAGUACCUAGAGGUGAACCCCUUCCUCGGAAGCUGGGAGGCUCCGAAGGACCCGAGGGAGGCGGAGAGGCGGCUCGCGCAGCUCCGGAGGGACUACGCCAAGCAGGUCAAGGAGCUUCGCAAGGAGUACAUCAAGGAGGUCGAGCUCAUGAGGCUCGAGAAGCUUCGCAAGGACGAGAGUCGCAAGGAGGCCCUCAGGUUGCAGAACGAGGAGAGGAAGAAGCAGAAGGCCGAGGCCGCCAAGGUUGGGGCUCACGAGCGACAGAAAUUCCAGGAGGAGUUGCAUCAGACCCUAUUGAAAGAAAGAGCAGAGAAGCUUGAAAAUUGGAGGAUGAAAGAGAAGCGUAGAGAAGAAAAGAAGAAAGAGAAGAACGAGCUCUUACGCGGGCAAAGUUCUGUGUGGAUUGACCAACCUGAUCUGGAAAAGAGAAUACUAGAAGCAAUUGUUGAUUCAACACCCCUAUAAGGCCCUUUUCAAGUUCCUUAUUUCUCUGGUAUAAGAGAACACCUGAGACGGCUGCAGAAUAGAUUUGGAAGGUACUUUGUGGGGCGCAAGUUUGAUUGAUCUUAUGAUAUGAAGGAAGACAACAGAAGAAUAACCCAUUUAGCUUGUGCUGUACAAAAAAAUUAAAAUCUUGCUUGUUUGGGAUAUUAUUUUAGGGUUAAAUAUUUUGCUGAGAUUUGAAAAACUAAGGGUUCUUUCCUUUUCCAUCUCUACCGGUAUGAUCGAUGCGACACUUUUUCUUCUCGAGUCAAA